AUGGGUUGUACUGGAUCAACGGAGAAGAAAAAACGUAAAAACACAACACUAACAAGCUCUGAUGAUUCAUUCGGAUUACACAAUCGAGAUGUCGACGAAAUCAAAGUAGAGCUUUCUGAUGCCACUAUUAGUACGUUAUUAGAUGAAACAAAAUUUACACAAGAAGAAAUCAUUGAUUGGUGGCAUGGAUUUCUAGCGGAUUGUCCAUCAGGUCUAUUGGAUAAAGAUAAAUUUAUUGACGUUUAUCAAUAUAAAUAUCCAAGUGGAAAAGCAAAAGGAUUUUGUGAUCAUGUUUUUCGAACAUUUAAUCCAGACAAACGAACUCGUGCUAUCGAUUUCGAACGAUUUAUGUGCGCCAUAAAUGUGACUUUAAAGGGUACAUCAGAUGAGAAACUUAACUGGGCAUUUACAAUGUAUGAUAUCAAUGGUGAUCAACGUAUAUCGAAAAAAGAAAUGUUAAAUGUACUGGAGGCAAUGCUUGAUUUAUUAGGAAAAGAUAAGAAAGGUCCAAACAAUCCGCAAAAACAAGUCGAUAGAAUAUUUUUACGAAUUGACUCGAAUCAUGAUAAUUAUAUUAGCAAAGAAGAAUUUUUCUCAGGCUGUAGAGCGGAUGAAAAUAUUCGAGCAAUCCUUGCACCAUAUUAUUAA